AUCAAAUUCCCAACUCUAGUAGAAUUGUAGUAUGCUCAAUGCUGUAGACAAUUAGACCAUACUCCGCUAGUUCGUGAUGUUCGUCCCCACCGUCAUAAUGUGUAACGAUAUUGUGUUUAUUAUGCGAAAAUAAGUGGGUCUCCUCUCUGAGCGUCAAACAUCGCUGUCCAUUCUUACUGAGACAAUUAUUGAAAUUCACCGAAUCGAGACGCCAGCUGGACCAUUAAAUUUCUGCUUGAAUCGUUUUUGAUAACGGUGAGUCCGACUUGGCAAUAAUAUGUGUUGGUUUCAGUAACGCUACGUACAUUACGUCGCGUGAUUUUCAUUCGAUUGGAAUCCGAGAAAUGGGUUCCAAAAUAGAAUAUGUGGACUCGUCGCAAAUGUACGCCACAAACUAUGUGCGUAAUGCCAAAGCGGUAGGCGUUUUGUGGGGUAUAUUCACAGUUUGCUAUUCAAUAAUCGUAGCAGUGGCCUUCAUCACUCCAGAAUGGAUUGGUGACACCACAACAUCUGAAAAUCCUGCUCGUUUCGGGCUAUGGAGCAGCUGUUACUUUGGUAAUGGUGUUUCGGCUGCUGUCGAGGACUGCCAGGGAAAGCUGGAAGAUCUAUCCAAUAUACCUAGUGUAGCCAUAAGAGUGUCUGCAAUUUUUGGUAGUGUAUCGGUGUGCAUUUCCAUAAUUAUUGUGCUGAUGUUGUUGUUGUUUUUCUUUUUUCAAUCUACAACAGUGUACCUUAUUUGUGCAUGGCUACACGUUUUAUCUGCUGGAUGUCUGAUUUCGUCCAUUGUUGUUUUUCCAAUGGGCUGGGAUUCACCACAUAUUCAGAAGACUUGUGGUCCUGAGGCUAAAAGUUAUAGUCUUGGCGACUGUACUUUUCGUUGGGCAUAUUUAUUAGCAGUCAUUGCUAGUGUGGAUGCACUUAUUUUAUCAGCGUUGGCGUUUAUUUUAGCUACUAGGCAUAUAAAACUUCAACCGGAGCCCUUAUAUGCAUCUACUUUGCGUAAAGGUGAGCUCAAUAGUGGAUAUUUGGGUGACAGUAGUGCAUCAAUGGCUGGUUCUAGAAAGUCAUUGAAUUUGCAACCAGUUAUGUUGAUGCCACAGCCAAUGAUGGAUCAAGAUCGAUUUUCUGAAUUUUCUAACAGGACGGGUCGCUCUCAUAAAGGUGCCAUGUACAGACCAGAGUAUGCUUCAUCUAGUAUUCAUAAUUUUCAACUCUAAUGAAUUUCUAGAGAAAACUAUGAUACUUUUUAAGUUUUCUUCUUUUAGUAAUAGCUAAUGAAGAUAAGACAGGGUAUAAUCAUUAUUACAUAUUUUUAUGUAUAUUAAAUUAUUAGUUUGAAAGAUUUAGCCAUUAAAUUAAAUUAAUAUUAUAAUUGGAAUG